AUGGCGCACGAGCAGGGAGUGAAUGGACAUGCCACCCUCACAGCUCACCCAGAAGACAUCCCAGGAGGAAGUCACUUCCAUCAGGUCAUGCAGCCUGGCAAGCAGGGACAGACUUAUGUGGAGCCACACAGUGUCAGAGAGCCCCAGCCAGGGACUGGGACCAUUGCUGGGGUGUAUGUGGAGGCUUCCAAGAAGACAAUGAGUUUUUAUGAUGCCACCAGAGAGCACUUCCUGAUGUCUGAGCCAGCACUUGCUCUUCUGGAGGCUCAGGCAGCCACAGGCUUCCUCAUUGACCCAGUGGGGAACAAGCGGCUCUCCGUGGCAGAGGCUGUGAGACUCGGGCUGGUAGGCCUGGAGCUGAAAGAAAAGCUGCUGUCUGCAGAGAGAGCAGCAGCUGGCUUCACAGACCCCUACACGGAUGAGAAGAUCUCGCUCUAUCAAGCCAUCCAAAAAGAGCUGCUCGGACGGGAGCGGGGUGCCCGUCUGCUGGAGGUCCAGAUCGCCACAGGGGGCCUUGUGGAUCCAGCCACCAGCCACCGCAUCCCCAUGGAGGUUAUCUACGAACAGGAACACUUUGGUGACGAGAUGAGCCAGCUCCUCUCUGACCCCAGCUCUGCUGCUGCCAGAGGGUUUCUUGACCCAAACACCAGCGAGAGGGUCACCUAUCAGGAGCUUAAGAAACGGUGCAUCAUCGAUCCGACCACAGGGCUCCUCCUUUUGCCUCUGAAAAUCACCUUCCCGGGGCUGAGAGGGAGAGUAAGCAGCAGUGAGCUGCUCAGCUCCAGCAUCAUCGACAUGGAAACGUUCAGGGCCCUGCAGGAAGGCCAGGUCUCCGUCCAGGAGGUAGCAGAGAUGGACCAUGUUCAGCAGUACCUGGAGGGCACAGGAAGCAUUGCAGGUGUUGCUGUACUACCUACCGGUGAGAGGAAGAGUCUGUACCAGGCACUGACAGAGCACCUCCUCAUGCCAGGCACAGCACUGGCCCUCCUGCAGGCCCAGGCUGCCACCGCCUGCCUGACCGAGCCCACCAAGACCCAGAGACUCUCCGUUGAUGAUGCUGUCAAGGCUGGUGUGGUUGGGCCGGAGCUCUAUGAGAAGCUGUCAUCCGCUGAGAGAGCCGCCACUGGGUACCGAGACCCCUGCACUGGGGAGCUGCUCUCUCUGUUUCAAGCCAUGAGUAAGGGGCUCGUUGCCAGGGACCAGGGGACUUACCUACUGGAGGCCCAGCUGGCCACUGGUGGCCUCAUUGAUCCAGUCCACAAUCACCGUGUCCCAGUGGAGAUGGCCUGCCAACGGGGCUACCUUGAUGAAGACAUGAAACGGCUCCUCUUCCAUCCCACCCAUGACAUCAAAGGGUUCUUCGACCCCAACACGAAGGAGACCCUGAUGUACGCAGAGUUAUUGGAGAGGUGCGUCACUGACCCAGAAACCGGUCUCCGCCUGCUGCCACUCUUCGGAGAUGAUGGGGAAGGGCCUCGGGGUGUGCAGUCCUUCAUUGACCACAGGACCCGAAUGGCUUUGGAAAACACAACAGUACCUGUGGCCUGUGGCAAAUUCAAGGGGAAGUCGGUGUCGCUCUGGAAACUCCUCUUCUCAGACUACUUCACAAGUGCGCAAAGGGCCACACUUACCCAGCAGUGCCGCACCGCGACUCUCUCCAUGCAGGAACUGGCUAAAACCGUCAGCACUGCUGUUCAGCAAAUGGCUUCCACUGCCAAUAUCACCUUUGAAGGCCUAAGGCACAAGGUGACCCCUAGCCAGCUCCUGAGUGCUGAAAUCAUCAACAGGGAUUUGUUUGAGAAGCUGAGCCAAGGGGAGACAUCAGCCAGAGAAGUUGUCGGCCUGGACACAGUCAGGAAUUACCUGGAAGGGACAGGCAGUAUCAGUGGGCUGCUGUUGCCCGAGUCCCAGGAGAAAAUCAGCAUCUACCAGGCAAAGAGGAAAGGCCUUCUAAUGCCAGGGACGUCCCUCAUCCUCCUCGAGGCACAGGCUGCCACUGGAUUCAUCAUCGACCCAGCUGCUAACAAGAAAUAUUCUGUGGAGGAGGCUCUACGAGCCAACAUCAUCGGCCCAGAUAUUUACAACAAGCUGCUGGCAGCAGAGAAAGCAGUCACUGGCUACAAAGACCCCUACACUGGCAACAAGAUCUCCCUCUUCCAGGCCAUGAAGAGAGACCUGAUAGUCAAAGACCACGGCAUCCGCCUGCUGGAGGCCCAGAUCGCCACCGGCGGCAUCAUCGACCCCAUUCACAGCCACCGAAUCCCUGUGGAGGUGGCUUACAAGCGGGGCUACUUCGACAAGAAGAUGAACCUGAUCCUCUCUGACCCCAGCGACGACACCAAGGGCUUCUUCGACCCCAACACGCACGAGAACCUCACGUACUUGCAGCUGAAGGAGAAGUGCAUCACAGAGCCCUCCACCGGGCUCUGCCUCCUGCCUCUGAACAGCAAGAAGCGCCAGUUCAUCGAUGACACCACCAAAGAAGCCUUCAGGAGCACCUGGCUCCUCGUGAAGUACGGGAGGUUCCGAGGAGAAAGGGUCUCUGUGUGGGACCUAUUGAACUCUGAGUAUUUCAGUGAGGGAAAGCGGCGGGAGAUAUUUAAUCACUACCAGCUGCGGAAGCUCACUCUGGAGCAGAUCAGACUCAUGUUGGAGGAAGAGAUGAAAAAAUGGGCCCCCAUCAAAUUCCCAGCCAUGAGAGGCAGUGUCACGGCCUACCACCUGCUAGAAACUGGCAUCAUAGACAAGGCCCUGUUUGAGAAGGUGCUGGAGGGAGUCGUGAGCCCGGAGGACGUCCUGCGCAUGGAUUCUGUCCGUAAAUACCUCUAUGGCUCUGGCAGCAUCGGGGGGAUUGUGCUCCAGCCAUCAAACCAGAGAAUGAGCAUCUAUGAAGCCAUGAAGCAGAAGAUUGUGAUGCCAGGGGUGGCUCUCCCACUGCUCGAGGCCCAGGCUGCUACUGGUUUCAUCAUUGACCCAGUGAACAACCAGAAGCUGUGCGUUAAUGAAGCUGUAAGGGAAGGGGUUAUCGGGCCAGAACUCCAUGAGAAACUGCAGCACGCGGAAGGAGCCGUAAUGGGCUAUAAAGACCCUUUCACUGGGGAAAAGAUCUCCCUCUUCCAAGCCAUGAAGAAGGGCCUCAUCACCGACAAACAGGCUAUUCAGCUCAUGGAAGCCCAAAUUGCCACAGGAGGCAUCAUUGACCCCCACCAUGGCCACUAUGUCCCUGUGGAAUUUGCCCAGAAACGAGGCUUCUUGGAUGAGGACAUGAGCAAAACCCUCUCUAGUGCCUCUGACAAUACCAGGGUCUACUGCGUCCCCAACACCAAGGAGCCUGUGACCUAUGCUCAGCUCAUCGCACGCUGCCAGAAGGACAAAAACUCUGGCCUCCACUUGCUGCCUUUGCCACAGACAGUGGUGCCUGUCCGCACAGAUGAGCAGAUCCAGCAGCUAUUCAAGGAGACCAUGGUGAAGGAGAAAGGGGUCUCCCUCUGGGAGCUGAUCCACUCUGGCUACUUCACUGAGGAGCAGAGAAAUGACUUUGUGGAGAAGUACCGGUCUGAGGACGUGUCUAUCUGGCAGCUGGUCACUCUUGUCCUGAAGCUUGUUGAGGAAAUAGAGAUGAAAGCCCAUACCCACAUCACCUUCGAAGGCCUCAGGGGCAGUGUGCCUGCAGUCUGGCUGCUUGAUGCUGGCAUCAUUACCGAGAAGAUGUUUGAGGAUCUGGCUCAGGGAACACGAACAGCCAGAGAAGUAGGCAAGAUGGAGAGUGUGAAGAGAUACUUACAGGGUACGGGGAGCAUUGCUGGGAUUUUCAUACAGGCCUCCAAGAAGAGGAUGAGCAUUUACCAAGCAAUGAAAAACAAUCUCCUCCUGCCAGGGACAGGGGUAUUGUUGCUAGAGGCUCAAGCAGCUACAGGAGCUGUUAUAGACCCAGUAACAAACCAGAAACUUGGUGUGGAGGAGGCAAUCAAAGCAGGCAUUGUCGGUGAGGAACUCAUGGAGAAGCUGCUUCUAGCAGAGAGAGCAGUGACCGGUUACACAGACCCAUACACGGGGAACUCAAUCUCAGUCUGUCAAGCAAUCAGGAAAGGCCUCAUUCCCAUGAGUGAUGGUGUUCGCUUAAUAGAGGCCCAACUGGCUACAGGAGGGGUCAUCGAUCCCAUCCACCAUCAUCAUCUUCCUCUUCCUGCUGCCUACAUGCAUGGCUUUUAUGAUGAAGAAAUGAAUCAGGCCCUAUCCCAGCCCACUGCCAACUCCAAAGUCUUCUUUGAUCCAAACACAAAGGAAAACUUGACCUACCAGCAGCUGAAAGACAGGUGUGUCCCUGAUGCUGGGACAGGCCUCUGGCUACUACCUCUGUCUCAAACUGCAGCAUUCUAUGUGGACAAACAAACCAUGGAGGUGCUGAAAUCUGUGACAGUCUGUGUCGCAGUAGGACGGUUCAAAGGGCAGACAGUUUCAGUCUGGGACCUUCUCAACUCUGAGUACAUCACAGACUGCAAGCAGAGAGAGCUGGUGGAACUAUACAAACAGGAGAAUGCUGUGGCCCUGCAAGAAAUCAUCACCACUGUUACCACAAUCAUUGAAGAAACUGAGAAGCAAGGCAAGAAGUUCACGUUCAAGGGCCUGCGGAAGCAGGUGUCUGCCAGCGACCUCUUCCAGUCUCAGCUGAUAGACAAGAAAACCCUGGAUGAACUCAAGCAGGGACAGAAAACUGUCAAAGAAGUCACAGAGAUGGACUCCGUCCGGAGAUACCUGGAGGGGGGUAACUUCAUAGCUGGAGUGCUAGUACAGCCAGCCAAUGAGAAGAUGAGCAUCUACCAGGCUAUGAUGAGAGGAAUGCUGAGGCCGGGCACCGCGCUGGUGUUGCUGGAGGCGCAGGCUGCCACUGGGUUUGUUAUUGACCCGGUGAAGAACAAGAGGCUGUCAGUGGAGGAGGCACUCGCUGCUGGGCUCAUUGGACAACAGGUCUAUGAGAAGCUGUUGUCAGCAGAGAGAGCAGUGACCGGAUACACUGACCCCUGCACAAAAGGCCAAAUCUCCCUCUUCGAAGCCAUGAACCAGGGGCUAAUCCUCAAGAGCCACGGCAUCCGCCUGCUGGAGGCCCAAAUCGCCACUGGCGGCAUCAUCGACCCCGUGCAUAGUCACCGCCUCCCUGUGGAGGUGGCUUACAAGCGGGGCUACUUCGACGAAGAGAUGAACCAGAUCCUCUCUGACCCCAGCGACGACACCAAGGGCUUCUUCGACCCCAACACGCACGAGAACCUCACCUACAUACAACUCCUGGAGAGAUGUGUGCAAGACCCUGAGACUGGGCUGUACAUGCUCCAAAUAGUAAAGCAUGGAGGGACAUACUUCUAUAUCGAUGAGUCAAUGAAACAAUUUUUCCGCUCAAAACCCAUUAAAAUGCAAGUUGGGAAGUUCAAAGGCCAAACUGUGUCCCUCUGGGACCUGCUCUGCUCUCAGUACAUCUCAGAACAAAAAAGAAAAGAACUAGUGAAGCAAUAUAAAUGUGAAACCCUGACAAUAGAACAGCUCAUCACAGUUAUCAACACCAUCAUUGAGGAAAUGGAACUCAGAACCCAAGCCCUUAAGGUUAAAGGACUCAGAGGACAUGUGUCUGUGUCAGAGUUAUUCAACGCUGAGAUCAUUGACAAGACAACACUGGACAAUCUGCAGAAAGGAACUCUCACAGUCCAUAAACUGACACAAAUGGACUCUAUCAAGAGGUAUCUGGAAGGAACUGGCAGCAUUGCUGGAGUUCUGCUGUCAGCCAAGAAAAAGAAGAUGAGCAUCUACCACGCCCUAGAGAGGGGUCUCCUAACACCAGAAUCAGCGCUGGUGCUGCUGGAGGCACAGGCUGCCAGCGGCUUUAUCAUUGACCCGCUGAAGAACGAGAAGCUGUCCGUCGAUGAAGCCGUCUCCGCCGGCCUGGUGGGCCGUGAGAUUCACGAGAAGCUGCUCUCUGCAGAGAGAGCAGUGACCGGAUACACUGACCCCUACACGGGCAACAAGAUCUCCCUCUUCCAGGCCAUGAAGAGAGACCUGAUAGUCAAAGACCACGGCAUCCACCUGCUGGAGGCCCAGAUCGCCACCGGCGGCAUCAUCGACCCCGUGCACAGUCACCGCCUCCCCGUGGAGGUGGCUUACAAGCGGGGUUAUUUGGACGAUGACACAUUUCUUCUUCUUUCUGAUCCACAACAUGGCAGCAAAAGAUUUAUGGAUCCUAACACGCAAGAAAAACUCAGUUAUGCCCAGCUCCUGCAGAGAUGUAGCAAAGACCCAGACACAGGACUCUGCCUGCUCCAGAUAACAGACAGAAAAGAUAUAUGGUUCCACGGAUUAAGACAACAAAUCACUGCAUCAGAACUAUUCAAUGCACAGAUAAUAAACAAAGACACAAUGGUGAAGCUAGAGGAAGGAAAACAGACUGCACAAGAUAUAGCAAAGAUGGAUUCUGUAAAGAGAUACCUCGAAGGAACUAGCUGCAUCGCCGGAGUCCUUGUGCCGUCCAAGACGGACCCGUCCAAGACAGAGAAGAUGAGCAUCUACCAGGCCAUGGGGAAGGGGAUUCUGAGGCCGGGCACCGCGCUGGUGCUGCUGGAGGCGCAGGCUGCCAGCGGCUUUAUCACUGACCCGCUGAAGAACGAGAAGCUGUCCGUCGAUGAAGCCGUCUCCGCCGGCCUGGUGGGCUGUGAGAUUCACGAGAAGCUGCUCUCUGCAGAGAGAGCAGUGACCGGAUACACUGACCCCUACACGGGCAACAAGAUCUCCCUCUUCCAGGCCAUGAAGAGAGACCUGAUAGUCAAAGACCACGGCAUCCGCCUGCUGGAGGCCCAGAUCGCCACCGGCGGCAUCAUCGACCCCGUGCACAGUCACCGCCUCCCCGUGGAGGUGGCUUACAAGCGGGGCUACUUCGACGAAGAGAUGAACCGGAUCCUCUCUGACCCCAGCGACGACACCAAGGUCUUCUUCGACCCCAACACGCACGAGAACCUCACCUACAUGCAGCUCCUCAGCAGAUGCGUCCCAGACCCAGACACGGGGCUGCUGAUGCUUCAGCUCAUGCACAAAGGCUCCGUGCUCUUCCAGCUAGAUGAAAAAACACGAAUCUCCUUACAGUCUGCCCCUGCCACCGUCAGCGUGGGACUCUUCCAGGGGCAGAACGUGACCGUGUGGGAGCUUCUCUUCUCCAGAUACGUCCCUGACCAAAAAAGGCAGGAGCUUCUGAAGAAGUACAAAGCGGGGACGCUAACCAUUCAGGAAAUGACAACCAUCAUCACCACCCUCAUCACCGAGGCCGAGCAAAAGAGCAGCAGAGAGCCCGGGCACGUGAAAAGUCCGAGCACGCAACGGGCAACGUCACAGAACGCCGAGGCUGCCCGUGCGCAGAGAGAUAAAAAACGGGAGAAGGCCUUGAAGACUAUGACAGUCGACGGCCCGGGGGGCGAGUUCGAAGGGCGAAAGGUCUCUGUGUGGGAUCUGCUCUUCUCCAAAUACGUCCCUGAAGAGAAAAGACAAGAGCUUCUAAAGAAGUACAAAGCAGGGACGCUAACCAUUCAAGAAAUGAUAACCGUCAUCACCACCAUCAUCACCGAGACAGAGGAAAAGAGCGGCAAACAGCCCGGAGGCGUGGAAGGCUCCUGCCGAGAGGAGAGACCAUCCGGGAGAGCUGCCAGCGCCCCUUCGCCACAGGACCAACAAGCGGAAAAGACUCUCCGGCUCGCGACCGUCGAUGUAUCGGUCGGCGAGUUCCAAGGGCGAAAGGUCUCCGUGUGGGAACUUCUCUUCUCCAAAUACCUCUCGGAAGAGAAAAGGCAGGAGCUCCUGGAGCAGUACCGAGCAGGGACGGUGACUCUGGAGGAGCUGGUCAGAAUCCUCACCACCAUGGUUGAGGAGACAGAAGAGAGAAGCAGCAAAGUGAAGUUCUCAGGCCUCAGGAGGCAGGUGACUGCCUCAGAGCUGUUCAGCUCUGACAUUAUUGACCAGAACACGCUGACUGAACUCACCCAGGGCACCAAGACGGUGCAGGAGAUCACGGAAAUGGAGUCCGUAAAGAGAUACCUCGAAGGAACUAGCUGCAUCGCCGGAGUCCUUGUGCCGUCCAAGACGGACCCGUCCAAGACAGAGAAGAUGAGCAUCUACCAGGCCAUGGGGAAGGGGAUUCUGAGGCCGGGCACCGCGCUGGUGCUGCUGGAGGCGCAGGCUGCCAGCGGCUUUAUCACUGACCCGCUGAAGAACGAGAAGCUGUCCGUCGAUGAAGCCGUCUCCGCCGGCCUGGUGGGCCGUGAGAUUCACGAGAAGCUGCUCUCUGCAGAGAGAGCAGUGACCGGAUACACUGACCCCUACACGGGCAACAAGAUCUCCCUCUUCCAGGCCAUGAAGAGAGACCUGAUAGUCAAAGACCACGGCAUCCGCCUGCUGGAGGCCCAGAUCGCCACCGGCGGCAUCAUCGACCCCGUGCACAGUCACCGCCUCCCCGUGGAGGUGGCUUACAAGCGGGGCUACUUCGACGAAGAGAUGAACCGGAUCCUCUCUGACCCCAGCGACGACACCAAGGGCUUCUUCGACCCCAACACGCACGAGAACCUCACCUACAUGCAGCUCCUCAGCAGAUGCGUCCCAGACCCAGACACGGGGCUGCUGAUGCUUCAGCUGAUGCACAAAGGCUCCGUGCUCUUCCAGCUAGAUGAAAAAACACGAAUCUCCUUACAGUCUGCCCCUGCCACCGUCAGCGUGGGACUCUUCCAGGGGCAGAACGUGACCGUGUGGGAGCUUCUCUUCUCCAGAUACGUCCCUGACCAAAAAAGGCAGGAGCUUCUGAAGAAGUACAAAGCGGGGACGCUAACCAUUCAGGAAAUGACAACCAUCAUCACCACCCUCAUCACCGAGGCCGAGCAAAAGAGCAGCAGAGAAGCUGCCAGCGCCCCUUCGCCACAGGACCAACAAGCGGAAAAGACUCUCCGGCUCGCGACCGUCGAUGUAUCGGUCGGCGAGUUCCAAGGACGAAAGGUCUCCGUGUGGGAACUUCUCUUCUCCAAAUACCUCUCGGAAGAGAAAAGGCAGGAGCUCCUGGAGCAGUACCGAGCAGGGACGGUGACUCUGGAGGAGCUGGUCAGAAUCCUCACCACCAUGGCUGAGGAGACAGAAGAGAGAAGCAGCAAAGUGAAGUUCUCAGGCCUCAGGAGGCAGGUGACUGCCUCAGAGCUGUUCAGCUCUGACAUUAUUGACCAGAACACGCUGACUGAACUCACCCAGGGCACCAAGACGGUGCAGGAGAUCACGGAAAUGGAGUCCGUAAAGAGAUACCUCGAAGGAACUAGCUGCAUCGCCGGAGUCCUUGUGCCGUCCAAGACGGACCCGUCCAAGACAGAGAAGAUGAGCAUCUACCAGGCCAUGGGGAAGGGGAUUCUGAGGCCGGGCACCGCGCUGGUACUGCUGGAGGCGCAGGCUGCCAGCGGCUUUAUCACUGACCCGCUGAAGAACGAGAAGCUGUCCGUCGAUGAAGCCGUCUCCGCCGGCCUGGUGGGCCGUGAGAUUUACGAGAAGCUGCUCUCUGCAGAGAGAGCAGUGACCGGAUACACUGACCCCUACACGGGCAACAAGAUCUCCCUCUUCCAGGCCAUGAAGAGAGACCUGAUAGUCAAAGACCACGGCAUCCGCCUGCUGGAGGCCCAGAUCGCCACCGGCGGCAUCAUCGACCCCGUGCACAGUCACCGCCUCCCCGUGGAGGUGGCUUACAAGCGGGGCUACUUCGACGAAGAGAUGAACCGGAUCCUCUCUGACCCCAGCGACGACACCAAGGUCUUCUUCGACCCCAACACGCACGAGAACCUCACCUACAUGCAGCUCCUCAGCAGAUGCGUCCCAGACCCAGACACGGGGCUGCUGAUGCUUCAGCUCAUGCACAAAGGCUCCGUGCUCUUCCAGCUAGAUGAAAAAACACGAAUCUCCUUACAGUCUGCCCCUGCCACCGUCAGCGUGGGACUCUUCCAGGGGCAGAACGUGACCGUGUGGGAGCUUCUCUUCUCCAGAUACGUCCCUGACCAAAAAAGGCAGGAGCUUCUGAAGAAGUACAAAGCGGGGACGCUAACCAUUCAGGAAAUGACAACCAUCAUCACCACCCUCAUCACCGAGGCCGAGCAAAAGAGCAGCAGAGAGCCCGGGCACGUGAAAAGUCCGAGCACGCAACGGGCAACGUCACAGAACGCCGAGGCUGCCCGUGCGCAGAGAGAUAAAAAACGGGAGAAGGCCUUGAAGACUAUGACAGUCGACGGCCCGGGGGGCGAGUUCGAAGGGCGAAAGGUCUCUGUGUGGGAUCUGCUCUUCUCCAAAUACGUCCCUGAAGAGAAAAGACAAGAGCUUCUAAAGAAGUACAAAGCAGGGACGCUAACCAUUCAAGAAAUGAUAACCGUCAUCACCACCAUCAUCACCGAGACAGAGGAAAAGAGCGGCAAACAGCCCGGAGGCGUGGAAGGCUCCUGCCGAGAGGAGAGACCAUCCGGGAGAGCUGCCAGCGCCCCUUCGCCACAGGACCAACAAGCGGAAAAGACUCUCCGGCUCGCGACCGUCGAUGUAUCGGUCGGCGAGUUCCAAGGGCGAAAGGUCUCCGUGUGGGAACUUCUCUUCUCCAAAUACCUCUCGGAAGAGAAAAGGCAGGAGCUCCUGGAGCAGUACCGAGCAGGGACGGUGACUCUGGAGGAGCUGGUCAGAAUCCUCACCACCAUGGUUGAGGAGACAGAAGAGAGAAGCAGCAAAGUGAAGUUCUCAGGCCUCAGGAGGCAGGUGACUGCCUCAGAGCUGUUCAGCUCUGACAUUAUUGACCAGAACACGCUGACUGAACUCACCCAGGGCACCAAGACGGUGCAGGAGAUCACGGAAAUGGAGUCCGUAAAGAGAUACCUCGAAGGAACUAGCUGCAUCGCCGGAGUCCUUGUGCCGUCCAAGACGGACCCGUCCAAGACAGAGAAGAUGAGCAUCUACCAGGCCAUGGGGAAGGGGAUUCUGAGGCCGGGCACCGCGCUGGUGCUGCUGGAGGCGCAGGCUGCCAGCGGCUUUAUCACUGACCCGCUGAAGAACGAGAAGCUGUCCGUCGAUGAAGCCGUCUCCGCCGGCCUGGUGGGCCGUGAGAUUCACGAGAAGCUGCUCUCUGCAGAGAGAGCAGUGACCGGAUACACUGACCCCUACACGGGCAACAAGAUCUCCCUCUUCCAGGCCAUGAAGAGAGACCUGAUAGUCAAAGACCACGGCAUCCGCCUGCUGGAGGCCCAGAUCGCCACCGGCGGCAUCAUCGACCCCGUGCACAGUCACCGCCUCCCCGUGGAGGUGGCUUACAAGCGGGGCUACUUCGACGAAGAGAUGAACCGGAUCCUCUCUGACCCCAGCGACGACACCAAGGGCUUCUUCGACCCCAACACGCACGAGAACCUCACCUACAUGCAGCUCCUCAGCAGAUGCGUCCCAGACCCAGACACGGGGCUGCUGAUGCUUCAGCUGAUGCACAAAGGCUCCGUGCUCUUCCAGCUAGAUGAAAAAACACGAAUCUCCUUACAGUCUGCCCCUGCCACCGUCAGCGUGGGACUCUUCCAGGGGCAGAACGUGACCGUGUGGGAGCUUCUCUUCUCCAGAUACGUCCCUGACCAAAAAAGGCAGGAGCUUCUGAAGAAGUACAAAGCGGGGACGCUAACCAUUCAGGAAAUGACAACCAUCAUCACCACCCUCAUCACCGAGGCCGAGCAAAAGAGCAGCAGAGAGCCCGGGCACGUGAAAAGUCCGAGCACGCAACGGGCAACGUCACAGAACGCCGAGGCUGCCCGUGCGCAGAGAGAUGAAAAACGGGAGAAGGCCUUGAAGACUACGACAGUCGACGGCCCGGGGGGCGAGUUCGAAGGGCGAAAGGUCUCUGUGUGGGAUCUGCUCUUCUCCAAAUACGUCCCUGAAGAGAAAAGACAAGAGCUUCUAAAGAAAUACAAAGCAGGGACGCUAACCAUUCAAGAAAUGAUAACCGUCAUCACCACCAUCAUCACCGAGACAGAGGAAAAGAGCGGCAAACAGCCCGGAGGCAUGGAAGGCUCCUGCCGAGAGGAGAGACCAUCCGGGAGAGCUGCCAGCGCCCGUUCGCCACAGGACCAACAAGCGGAAAAGACUCUCCGGCUCGCGACCGUCGAUGUAUCGGUCGGCGAGUUCCAAGGGCGAAAGGUCUCCGUGUGGGAACUUCUCUUCUCCAAAUACCUCUCGGAAGAGAAAAGGCAGGAGCUCCUGGAGCAGUACCGAGCAGGGACGGUGACUCUGGAGGAGCUGGUCAGAAUCCUCACCACCAUGGUUGAGGAGACAGAAGAGAGAAGCAGCAAAGUGAAGUUCUCAGGCCUCAGGAGGCAGGUGACUGCCUCAGAGCUGUUCAGCUCUGACAUUAUUGACCAGAACACGCUGACUGAACUCACCCAGGGCACCAAGACGGUGCAGGAGAUCACGGAAAUGGAGUCCGUAAAGAGAUACCUCGAAGGAACUAGCUGCAUCGCCGGAGUCCUUGUGCCGUCCAAGACGGACCCGUCCAAGACAGAGAAGAUGAGCAUCUACCAGGCCAUGGGGAAGGGGAUUCUGAGGCCGGGCACCGCGCUGGUGCUGCUGGAGGCGCAGGCUGCCAGCGGCUUUAUCACUGACCCGCUGAAGAACGAGAAGCUGUCCGUCGAUGAAGCCGUCUCCGCCGGCCUGGUGGGCUGUGAGAUUCACGAGAAGCUGCUCUCUGCAGAGAGAGCAGUGACCGGAUACACUGACCCCUACACGGGCAACAAGAUCUCCCUCUUCCAGGCCAUGAAGAGAGACCUGAUAGUCAAAGACCACGGCAUCCGCCUGCUGGAGGCCCAGAUCGCCACCGGCGGCAUCAUCGACCCCGUGCACAGUCACCGCCUCCCCGUGGAGGUGGCUUACAAGCGGGGCUACUUCGACGAAGAGAUGAACCGGAUCCUCUCUGACCCCAGCGACGACACCAAGGGCUUCUUCGACCCCAACACGCACGAGAACCUCACCUACAUGCAGCUCCUCAGCAGAUGCGUCCCAGACCCAGACACGGGGCUGCUGAUGCUUCAGCUGAUGCACAAAGGCUCCGUGCUCUUCCAGCUAGAUGAAAAAACACGAAUCUCCUUACAGUCUGCCCCUGCCACCGUCAGCGUGGGACUCUUCCAGGGGCAGAACGUGACCGUGUGGGAGCUUCUCUUCUCCAGAUACGUCCCUGACCAAAAAAGGCAGGAGCUUCUGAAGAAGUACAAAGCGGGGACGCUAACCAUUCAGGAAAUGACAACCAUCAUCACCACCCUCAUCACCGAGGCCGAGCAAAAGAGCAGCAGAGAGCCCGGCGCCCGUUCGCCACAGGACCAACAAGCGGAAAAGACUCUCCGGCUCGCGACCGUCGAUGUAUCGGUCGGCGAGUUCCAAGGGCGAAAGGUCUCCGUGUGGGAACUUCUCUUCUCCAAAUACCUCUCGGAAGAGAAAAGGCAGGAGCUCCUGGAGCAGUACCGAGCAGGGACGGUGACUCUGGAGGAGCUGGUCAGAAUCCUCACCACCAUGGUUGAGGAGACAGAAGAGAGAAGCAGCAAAGUGAAGUUCUCAGGCCUCAGGAGGCAGGUGACUGCCUCAGAGCUGUUCAGCUCUGACAUUAUUGACCAGAACACGCUGACUGAACUCACCCAGGGCACCAAGACGGUGCAGGAGAUCACGGAAAUGGAGUCCGUAAAGAGAUACCUCGAAGGAACUAGCUGCAUCGCCGGAGUCCUUGUGCCGUCCAAAACGGACCCGUCCAAGACAGAGAAGAUGAGCAUCUACCAGGCCAUGGGGAAGGGGAUUCUGAGGCCGGGCACCGCGCUGGUGCUGCUGGAGGCGCAGGCUGCCAGCGGCUUUAUCACUGACCCGCUGAAGAACGAGAAGCUGUCCGUCGAUGAAGCCGUCUCCGCCGGUCUGGUGGGCCGUGAGAUUUACGAGAAGCUGCUCUCUGCAGAGAGAGCAGUGACCGGAUACACUGACCCCUACACGGGCAACAAGAUCUCCCUCUUCCAGGCCAUGAAGAGAGACCUGAUAGUCAAAGACCACGGCAUCCGCCUGCUGGAGGCCCAGAUCGCCACCGGCGGCAUCAUCGACCCCAUGCACAGUCACCGCCUCCCCGUGGAGGUGGCUUACAAGCGGGGCUACUUCGACGAAGAGAUGAACCGGAUCCUCUCUGACCCCAGCGACGACACCAAGGGCUUCUUCGACCCCAACACGCACGAGAACCUCACCUACAUGCAGCUCCUCAGCAGAUGCGUCCCAGACCCAGACACGGGGCUGCUGAUGCUUCAGCUGAUGCACAAAGGCUCCGUGCUCUUCCAGCUAGAUGAAAAAACACGAAUCUCCUUACAGUCUGCCCCUGCCACCGUCAGCGUGGGACUCUUCCAGGGGCAGAACGUGACCGUGUGGGAGCUUCUCUUCUCCAGAUACGUCCCUGACCAAAAAAGGCAGGAGCUUCUGAAGAAGUACAAAGCGGGGACGCUAACCAUUCAGGAAAUGACAACCAUCAUCACCACCCUCAUCACCGAGGCCGAGCAAAAGAGCAGCAGAGAAGCUGCCAGCGCCCCUUCGCCACAGGACCAACAAGCGGAAAAGACUCUCCGGCUAGCGACCGUCGAUGUAUCGGUCGGCGAGUUCCAAGGGCGAAAGGUCUCCGUGUGGGAACUUCUCUUCUCCAAAUACCUCUCGGAAGAGAAAAGGCAGGAGCUCCUGGAGCAGUACCGAGCAGGGACGGUGACUCUGGAGGAGCUGGUCAGAAUCCUCACCACCAUGGUUGAGGAGACAGAAGAGAGAAGCAGCAAAGUGAAGUUCUCAGGCCUCAGGAGGCAGGUGACUGCCUCAGAGCUGUUCAGCUCUGACAUUAUUGACCAGAACACGCUGACUGAACUCACCCAGGGCACCAAGACGGUGCAGGAGAUCACGGAAAUGGAGUCCGUAAAGAGAUACCUCGAAGGAACUAGCUGCAUCGCCGGAGUCCUUGUGCCGUCCAAGACGGACCCGUCCAAGACAGAGAAGAUGAGCAUCUACCAGGCCAUGGGGAAGGGGAUUCUGAGGCCGGGCACCGCGCUGGUGCUGCUGGAGGCGCAGGCUGCCAGCGGCUUUAUCACUGACCCGCUGAAGAACGAGAAGCUGUCCGUCGAUGAAGCCGUCUCCGCCGGCCUGGUGGGCCGUGAGAUUCACGAGAAGCUGCUCUCUGCAGAGAGAGCAGUGACCGGAUACACUGACCCCUACACGGGCAACAAGAUCUCCCUCUUCCAGGCCAUGAAGAGAGACCUGAUAGUCAAAGACCACGGCAUCCGCCUGCUGGAGGCCCAGAUCGCCACCGGCGGCAUCAUCGACCCCGUGCACAGUCACCGCCUCCCCGUGGAGGUGGCUUACAAGCGGGGCUACUUCGACGAAGAGAUGAACCGGAUCCUCUCUGACCCCAGCGACGACACCAAGGGCUUCUUCGACCCCAACACGCACGAGAACCUCACCUACAUGCAGCUCCUCAGCAGAUGCGUCCCAGACCCAGACACGGGGCUGCUGAUGCUUCAGCUGAUGCACAAAGGCUCCGUGCUCUUCCAGCUAGAUGAAAAAACACGAAUCUCCUUACAGUCUGCCCCUGCCACCGUCAGCGUGGGACUCUUCCAGGGGCAGAACGUGACCGUGUGGGAGCUUCUCUUCUCCAGAUACGUCCCUGACCAAAAAAGGCAGGAGCUUCUGAAGAAGUACAAAGCGGGGACGCUAACCAUUCAGGAAAUGACAACCAUCAUCACCACCCUCAUCACCGAGGCCGAGCAAAAGAGCAGCAGAGAGCCCGGGCACGUGAAAAGUCCGAGCACGCAACGGGCAACGUCACAGAACGCCGAGGCUGCCCGUGCGCAGAGAGAUGAAAAACGGGAGAAGGCCUUGAAGACUACGACAGUCGACGGCCCGGGGGGCGAGUUCGAAGGGCGAAAGGUCUCUGUGUGGGAUCUGCUCUUCUCCAAAUACGUCCCUGAAGAGAAAAGACAAGAGCUUCUAAAGAAGUACAAAGCAGGGACGCUAAGCAUUCAAGAAAUGAUAACCGUCAUCACCACCAUCAUCACCGAGACAGAGGAAAAGAGCGGCAAACAGCCCGGAGGCGUGGAAGGCUCCUGCCGAGAGGAGAGACCAUCCGGGAGAGCUGCCAGCGCCCCUUCGCCACAGGACCAACAAGCGGAAAAGACUCUCCGGCUCGCGACCGUCGAUGUAUCGGUCGGCGAGUUCCAAGGGCGAAAGGUCUCCGUGUGGGAACUUCUCUUCUCCAAAUACCUCUCGGAAGAGAAAAGGCAGGAGCUCCUGGAGCAGUACCGAGCAGGGACGGUGACUCUGGAGGAGCUGGUCAGAAUCCUCACCACCAUGGCUGAGGAGACAGAAGAGAGAAGCAGCAAAGUGAAGUUCUCAGGCCUCAGGAGGCAGGUGACUGCCUCAGAGCUGUUCAGCUCUGACAUUAUUGACCAGAACACGCUGACUGAACUCACCCAGGGCACCAAGACGGUGCAGGAGAUCACGGAAAUGGAGUCCGUAAAGAGAUACCUCGAAGGAACUAGCUGCAUCGCCGGAGUCCUUGUGCCGUCCAAGACGGACCCGUCCAAGACAGAGAAGAUGAGCAUCUACCAGGCCAUGGGGAAGGGGAUUCUGAGGCCGGGCACCGCGCUGGUGCUGCUGGAGGCGCAGGCUGCCAGCGGCUUUAUCACUGACCCGCUGAAGAACGAGAAGCUGUCCGUCGAUGAAGCCGUCUCCGCCGGCCUGGUGGGCCGUGAGAUUCACGAGAAGCUGCUCUCUGCAGAGAGAGCAGUGACCGGAUACACUGACCCCUACACGGGCAACAAGAUCUCCCUCUUCCAGGCCAUGAAGAGAGACCUGAUAGUCAAAGACCACGGCAUCCGCCUGCUGGAGGCCCAGAUCGCCACCGGCGGCAUCAUCGACCCCGUGCACAGUCACCGCCUCCCCGUGGAGGUGGCUUACAAGCGGGGCUACUUCGACGAAGAGAUGAACCGGAUCCUCUCUGACCCCAGCGACGACACCAAGGGCUUCUUCGACCCCAACACACACGAGAACCUCACCUACAUGCAGCUCCUCAGCAGAUGUGUCCGAGAUCCGGGUACAGGGCUCUGUUUGCUGAAGGUGGCGAUGGACUAA